AUGACUGUUAAUACGAAAAAUAGCCAAAAUAAUCUUAGCAAAAUGGAUGAACAUUACAAAGAAUUAGAUACCUUAUUAGAAGAUAGAAAUGAAAUUCAACGUAAUAGAAUUUCCUUUCUAAGAACACUUAUAAAUUGGGGGAAGUUCAUAUUUUAUGAAAUCAAGAGCAAUAUAUUUAUUUAUUUGUUAAGCCUUUUAUAUUUAAGCGUUUGUGUAAUGAAUAAAGUUUUUGCAAAAAGAACAAUGAAUAAGAUUGGUAAUUAUAGUUUUGUAACUUCGGAAAUACAUAAUACUAUUUGUAUUUUUGUUUUGUUUUUGGUUUAUUUUUUUUUCAGUAACUACAACAAUAAUUCAAAGAAAAGAAGAAAAGAACCUAUAUUCUAUUAUUUAUUUAUAUCCCUAUUAGAUGCAUCUACAGUAAUUAUUUCUUUUAUAGGACUUACAAAAACUACAGGAAAUAUUCAGUCGUUUGCUUUACAAUUGAGCAUACCAAUAAAUAUGUUUUUUUGUUUUUUAAUUUUAAGAUAUAGAUAUCAUUUAUUUAAUUACUUAGGAGCAUUUAUAAUUGUUGCAACUAUAGCAAUAGUAGAGAUGAAAAUGUCAAUGGAAAUACAAGAAGAAAACUCAAUAAUAUUUAAUUUAAUUUUCAUAAGUGCCCUAAUUCCAUUAUGUUUCUCAAACAUGACUAGAGAAAUCGUUUUUAAAAAAUAUAAGAUAAAUAUUCUAAAAUUGAAUGCAAUGAUAUCUUUAUUUCAAUUAUUUACCUCUUGUCUAAUUUUGCCAGUCUAUACACUUCCAUUUUUGAAACAACUUCAACUUCCCUUUUCGGAAAUUCUUAUAAAUAUCAAAAAUGGUUUUUCUUGUUUAUUUUUGGGAAAAAAUACUAUUAUUGAGAAUUGUGGUCCUGGUAUGACCAAAAUGUGCGAUGAUUGUGAAGGGGCAUGGAAAACAUUUAUAACAUAUUCUUUUUUUAAUAUUUGUGAUAACUUAGUUUCUAGUUAUAUAAUAGAUAAAUUUUCAACAAUGACAUAUACUAUUGUUAGUUGUAUACAGGGACCAGCAAUAGCAAUAGCUUAUUAUUUUAAAUUUAUAGCUGGAGAUGUUAUGAGAAAACCACGAAUUUUAGAUUUCGUAACUCUGUUUGGAUACCUCUUGGGGUCAAUAGUUUAUCGUGCUGGAAACAUCAUUUUAGAACGUAAAAAAAUACGGGAAGAUAAUUAUGAAGAAAAUUCAGAUGAACAAAUGACUGAUGAAGAAUCAGUGUUGACAUCAUAA